AUGGAAUUGGCAUAUUCAGAGUGGGCCCUCCUGUCCCUGUACCAAGUCAAGCAACGUCGAGAAUCUAGCUACGUGAUGAUCGAAGGCACCCCCCAAAUCGGCUAUACUUAUUCGUUCAAUGCCAUUGAGCAACCUUUUGAGACUUACACGUAUUUUCGUGGGAUAUAUAAGCUGGGCGAAUACCCUCUCCUGGCCAGUUCACCGAAGCCUUGGGCGCACAAGAUCAUAGAACGUAUCGAAAAGAGUGUGGUGUCCGAUCUUCAAAGUUUGGGCUACCUAAGCAAAUUGGCCGCGUUCAGUAUCCAUAUGGUACAGGGUACGGACCGAAGGAAAGACGAACUUCAAUUUUCGUCAGGGCACGAUGAUGAGGUCGAAAUUAGGGUGAUCAUUAGUGAUGCCCCUGGACUUGAGCUUCGGGAUAGUAAUACGGGGGAAACAUGGCGUCCAUGUCCUAGACCGGGGAAGUUACAGGCUGUUGGCACCAUCGGUGAUCGGUUUAUAAGGGACAACCCAAAUAGAAGCAUUUGGUUAUAA